UUUUUAUUUUUAAUACAAACAAGAGGAAAAACAGUUCAAACAUGUCCAAAGUAUUGUACAUGUACACUUGGUGUACAAGCAGAAUGGCUACGUGUUACAUGUGGUAAUGAAUUACAAAAUAUUAAGGAUAUCAAUAUCAAUAGUGUCAGUGUGGAAUUAGUACAAUUGGAUUUAAGUAAGAAUAAAAUCUCAAGUAUAGAUGCUUAUACAUUUAGAAAAUUGUCAAAUUUAAAAGCACUUGAUUUGUCAGGCAAUAACAUAAGUAUACUGAAACCAUCAUUAUUUCAAGAUUUAAUGGCUUUAGAACGCUUGAAAUUAAAUGAAAACAGGUUAACAACUUUAAAAGAAGGUAUCUUUUAUGGCUUAAAAUCUUUAAAACAAUUAGAUCUAUCCAAUAAUCCAUGGAGAUGUGAUUGUGAACUUUAUUGGUUUAGCAGUUGGAUUCAUAAUAGCUCCAUUAAAUUAAAUCCUGCACCAAAAUGUGCAUCACCCCUAAAUACUAAAGGUGUAUUUGUAAAAAAGUUAAAAUAUUCAGAAAAUAUUCAAUGUCAGCGGUUACCUCCUACAAUUGAACUUCGACCAGUUCACAAUCAAGUAGUUUUUGCUGGUGAUUCUAUAACUUUAAAAUGUAGAGCACCUAGUAUUACAGAAGAUAGAAAUGCAAGAUUGAGUUGGUUGUGGUACCCUAAUACUACAUCUGAAAUUGUAGAUUUAAAUGCAUUUAGAGAUCCACAAGAAAGUUUGAAUAAUAUUAAAAUUGAUAAUAGAUAUCUUGCAGAUAGUGGUAUUGUGGACAGUUCACUUAGUAUUGUUCCAGUCAAGGAAGAGCAUAAUGGACAAUGGAACUGUUUAUUAGUUUCUGUAAAUGGCAAUAGAUCAAAAACAAUCAGUGUAAUUGUUAUUUCUGAUCAAACUCGUUAUUGUCCUUUGGCAGUGACUAAAACUAAUAAAGGUAUUUAUACAUGGCCAAGAACUGUAAUAGGAUGGAGAGCAGAAUUACCAUGUGAAGGCAACCAUCUAUCAAGUUUAAUGCAAAUGCCUUUAAAAGCUUCUUACCAAUGUAAUAUUACAGGAUAUUGGGAAGAUUUAAACACAGAGUUGUGUCCUUACAUAUCACAUACAACAGAAAGCUUAGAACAGUUUUCGAAAGUUAAUCUUUCACUUACGAAGAUUAGUUUGUUAGAAACUGCAAAAAAAUUUAAAAAUUAUACAGGAAACACUAUAAAAAUAACCGAUCCGGUUGAAGUCAAUUUCAUAACUCGAACAAUAGAGAAUUAUUUGAAUUUUUUAAUUAAGGAGAAAGAACUUGGUGCCAUGUUAAUUGAUGUUAUUAGUACUGUGAUUAAUAUACCAAAGAAUAUUUUAAAAAAUGCUGAAAUUUCUUUUAAAUCUUGUACACGUUUGAUAAAAGCAGUAGAAAAAAUUGUACAAUUCACUCCAUCUAUACAAUUGUAUAAGAAGAAUAUGGCAUUAGAAGAAUUCAGAGUAAAACAUGAUAGUUUUACAGGAUUAAUAUGUACGUGGUAUUCCACUAAAGAUCCAGAAAUACGAUUUUUACAAUGUACAACAAAUAACAGAACAUCUCCUAUUAAUGUAAAAGAUAAAAUAAUUGAAGCAUCAAUACACUUACCUGCAUCUUUAUUACAGUAUUCACAAGAAGUUGUUGUUCAUCAAUUAAUGAUUUCUGCAUAUAGCAACAAUAGAUUGUUCCCUAAAGUAAUCAAUAAGGGUAAUAUGGAUAUUGCGUCAUGUGUUAUUGGGAGCAAGUUGUUUGGAAUAUCUCAACAAAAUUUAUCUGAACCAGUAUACGUUAUGUUAAAGGCUCCUUUAUAUCAUUAUGCUGGAAAAAAAUUAUUGCCUGUAAUAUGGGAUGAAACGUUAAAUAAUUCAGGUGGCUGGACAAGUGAUGGUUGCCAUUUAAGAAAUGUACUACACAACUUAAUAGUAUUUCAUUGUAAUAGAUUAGGAUAUUAUGGCCUUCUACAAGAUACUACUUCCUUUGAUCAAGAUGGUAACAGCGUAAUUGGAGCAAAAUUUAGAUAUUUAAAUCCUGCAAUAUAUAUUGGGAGUAUUACAACAGUAACAUGUUUAAUUAUUAUGUCUGUUACAUACAUAAUUUGUUAUACUUCAAUUACUAUGCCAAAAAAAGCAAAACAUUGUGUUAUUAAUACGUGGUUUACCAUGGCAUUAUUAUCAUUUUUUUAUAGUAUUGGUAUUUAUCAAACAGAAAAUGUACAAAUUUGUCAAGGUGUUGGCCUUACUCUUCAUUACUUGUCUCUAUGUUCUUUACUAUGGAUGGCAGUGUUUGCAAGUAAUAUGUAUAAAAAAUUAUCUAAAUCAAAUCUUGAAGAUAUUUCAAACAACGAACUUCAGGAACCAUCAAUACCAAAACCAUUAUUAGGACUUUAUUUAGUUGGUUGGGGUAUAGCUAUGAUAAUUUGUGGCAUCUCUGGCGCAAUAAAUCUACGAGAAUAUGCUGGAUAUUCAUACUGCUUUCUCACAUCUGGUCCUGCUCUUGCUACUCUCUUUCUUCCAGCUGGAAUUCUAAUCGUAUACUUAAUUAUUUUUCAUUUAUUUAUUAAAUGUGCAAUUCAAAAUGUCGAUAUGAAUGCUCAGUUAUCUGAAGGUACACAAGCUACAGAGAAUAUGGAUUUAGAAUUACUGGAACCAAGUACAAAUCCAUCUGUAGACAAAAAUAGUGUACGUAGUGCACAAACUAUCUCAUCUGAUAUUGAAGAUUCAGAACAUUCUCAAACAACACAAUUGAAAGGUCAAAUUGUUAUGUUAAUUUUAUAUUUAAUAUCGUGGAUUGCUGCAGCAGCAGCUACUAUAAAACCAUUAGGUAUAUAUAUUUCAUUUGAUGAAACCAUAUUUGCUACUUUAUAUUCUGUUUUUUCAAGUGCACUUGGCGUUUUUGUUCUUUUCUUUUAUGGAAUUGCACGAAAUGACGUUAGGUCGCAAUGGCUAAACAUGCGUUGUUGGCUUCAAAAACGAAAGAAUCGAUGUUGUAGAACGAGAAGCAUUUCUGAUACAAAUCCUGUAAUCCCAACGCAAUCUUUAGUACAAAAUUUGGUACCACCAAUGUCUAAUUCUCAGGCUACUCAAGUUACAUCUGAUUCGAAUUCUAUUGGCUCAUGCAGAUACACAAACAGAUCACAAACUUGUAAUCCACUUAAAUUUGCAGAUAUUAUGACCAAUCAAGAAAUUUUACCUGUUGGUAGAAAAAUAACAAACGUAAAUUUGGUUGUAUUACAUCGACAACAAUACAGAUCUGACAAUUCUGUUACAACAUAUAUUGAACCAACUUGUGUUGAAAUGUUUUAUAAUCCUCAUCAAAGCGGAGUUGCUAGAAAAUUCUUUAAAAAACAACGCCGUCAUACAAAAAAUAAUAACAUCGGAUCUAGAAGACAAGGCGAUGGUGGUAUUACGAGCGAUGCUGGCAGCUGCAUUUCUGUACCGCGAUCUGCUACAAAAUUAGAAAGUAACAUAGAUCAAACUAUCUUAAGUAGUAGCGCAAAAGUAAAUAACACAAAUAUUCAUGUCGAAUUAAAUCCAGUAAACGAUAUUAAAAACGUUAAUAUGCUCUCAGAUAGUGGUGGUAGUAUAUCAGAGGAAAAAAGUGUUUCAAUAAGAUUUGUUAUUGGCCAAGAAGGUCUUUUUCGAAAUGUAAAAAAAAUUAACAAUAAUUGUAGAGUAAAUGAACCUAUAAGCACAACAUCAGAUUCUUCAAGGAACAAUUGUCAAAAAAAAGAAUUAGUAAAUGCAUCUUUAUAUGACUCAGAUAUAGAUAUUAAAACUGAUGAAGAAAAACACCUACAAAAUGUUUCACAGCAAUGUAGUUUAGAAUAUAGCUCUGAAAUAGAAUCUACUAACCAGAUGAUUAGUGAAAAAAGUGAUCAUAAUUUACCAGAAGUUUAUGAUGCUGUAGAAACGAUUAUAGAAGCAAGAUUUAUGAAAAAAGGCUACCAAACUAUGAAUGAGUUUCAUGAGAUAAAAAAACGACACUGUAAUGCAAAUUUGAAGUGGUUAACUCACUCUAAUAGUAUGUACUGCCUUCCACUAGAUACUACAAAUUCACUAAAACAUAAUUAUUGUAAUUCAUUAAAUGACAUCACAACUCUUAUCAGUUCAAGAAAUUGUGAAUAUUUAAAAUCAUUUACAGAUUUACAAAGUAUUACAAGCUCAAAUUUAUGUGAUAAAAAUUCCCUGUCUCAAAGAGCAUUUAAUAAAUCAGAAUUAUCUUUUUCUAAAAUAAAUAGUGUAACUAAAGAUAAUUUACAUAAUUUAGUACAGUCAACAAUAACAUAUGUUAAUCCUUCAAUAAAUGUUGAAUGUGCCUCUAGUGCAUGUACUGAUGAGUAUAAAUCUAAACAAAAACUUGUCAAUUCUAUGACUGAUAUGACAUCACUUAUGCCUAAUUCUCAUAAUAUUGUAAAAACUUUGGAUUCAAACAAUGGAGUAGAGAAUAUAAAUAAACAACAAAACAUACAGUAUAUUGAAGUCAGUAAAAUACAUUUAAAUAAUCCAAAUACUUGUCUGCAACUAGAUAAAAAAGAAACAAGUGUUUAA